AUGCAGGAGUUGGUGGCUGGUGUGGAGAAGAUCAGGUUUGACCUGGAGGCCGAUGUGGAGCAGCAGCAAGGAGCUCGGCCCCUGCCCUUCCCGGGGGUGGACAGUAAGUUGGGGACAGGGUCCUGUGGCUCCCUGCUGGCUGUGACAGGGGUGCCAUGGCCAGGCGUGCAGGGCCCCUCCAGGCGUGGCGGCGGGGCCAAGACCGCGGUGUGCAGGCACUGGCUGCGGGGGCUCUGCAAGAGGGGCGACGGCUGCGACUUCCUGCACGAGCACGACGCCACCGGGAUGCCCGAGUGCUAUUUCUACUCCAAGUUUGGCGAGUGCAGCAACAAGGACCGUCCCUUCCUGCACGUCGAUGCCACCCCCAGCACCAUGGGCUGUCCCUGGUACGACCGCGGGUUCUGCAGGCACGGUCCCCGGUGCAAGUACAAGCACACGCGGAGGGUGAUGUGUGCCAACUACCUGGUGGGGUUCUGCCCAGAGGGACCCAAGUGCAAGUUCGUGCACCUCAAGGCCGGGCUGAUGACGAGCAGCACGGAUCCCUCCAAGGAAACUGGCUGUCCACGGGGGCUGGUACAGCGGGAUCUGGCUGCUGGCGAGGAGAGGGGAGGCGAGGACAUGCCAUCCACAGAGCCACCUCCACGAGUCACACAGCACCUGGCAGCACAUCUGUGGGACAUCAGUGGCUGCCCCCCGGACCCACAGAACCUGCUGGAACAAGGCACCUGCUCCAAGAGUGGACAGGUCAGUCCCUACACUGGUGAGAGUGGGAGGACUCAGCUGGAAAUGCUGCUGGGGAAGUGA